CUCAAAAAUAGGCCUCUGGAGCGAUCUGGUGGAGCCUUUGUUAGCGCUCUGGUGGGGAAGAGUGACCCGUUCACUGACAUCCAGUCUUUCGCAGUUUCACCCUAUUCACUGUGUUGACAACGGGACCAUGGCGCGCCUAGGAUGUUUCGGCGGCUGCUCAAACUACCAAUCUCAAUCUUGGUGGCGUCUCGUCAAAUCGGUUGACUUUGUCGCGGCAAACGGUUACACGCGAAUACUCCAGCACAGAAACACAGAAUCGAUCCGUCGCAUGUCACUGUGUGGAUGGUGAUGAUCCAAAACAAACCCUGCAAUUCUUGGUCCUGCAAAAAUGGAAUAUAAGUGACGGCUCCCAGACAAUCGAACAUGAGUUUCAUUGUUCUAUUUUGUGAUAGACUCACAAAAGCUGCCCCGAUUUCUUUUUUCUCUUUUUCUAUUUUUCUUAUUCAGCCAGGUGCUCCUAUUUUCUCUCUCUUUUUCCUAUUGUUGGAACGGGUGAAUCAAAGGUGUUGUUCACAAGGGUUAUUGUUUAACUUGUCUCCUUUGUUGUUCAUCAACUGCAUAUAACUGUCAUUUUUUCUUCGACUCGGAACAACCACCAACAUCACCAAACGAACAGCUUACAGCAACGUGUGUCUGAGACAACGAUCUUUUCCUUGACGUCUUUUUUUCCUUUUCGACAAUUCACGAUACGUUGUCUUUAUUUCCACGAAAGUAUUUUCCUUGACAUCUAUCAAAAUGGUCGUCUUGAAGCUUGCAAAGAUGUUCCUCCUGCCCAAGGGCACCGGACUCAUCCGUUACAUCCCCUACCUCUUCAUCAUCCCCGUCCUCGUCUUCCACGCCCUCGCCUUGACCGGCUGCGUGAGCACCUCCCCGGGGAUUCCCAACAUCUAUGUUGUCUCCCUCCGCUCCGCCGAGCUCGCAAACACAAACAACACCGACCUCGACGUCCAAGUCCGGAUCGGCUACUUUGGCAUGUGCGGCAUCAGCGAAGAGCACGGCACCCUCUGCGGCACCGUCUCGGGCCGCUCCGUCGAGGACCUCUCCUCGACUCUGUUCCCCGCCGCGACCGCAUCAAAUAACACCCUCCUCAAGAACGAAAUCACCGAUCUCAUCACCACCGCUCAGGACCUCCAGACUGAGAUCUUCAUCUCCAUCCUCGCCGGCGCUGCAGUACUCUUCAUCGUUGGCCUUGUCGCGCUCUUUUUCUUCAAGCAAGACAGGAAGAAGAAUGCCACUGAGUGGUAUGAGCAAGGAAAGUGGAGCAAGAUUGUCAAGCGCGGGACUUAUGGUGCGCUUUUCCUCUCGGCUGCCAUGACGUUUGCCUCUGCGCUUGCCACGAGCCAAAGCGCGGGUGCACUCCAGAUUACGAGCGCGGUGAUGGAGAAUGCUUCGGUUUUGAUCAAGACUGGGACGACGAUUCAGGUUUUCCAGUGGAUCGCGUUUGGGUUUGGGUUUUCAUUUGCGGCGGUGGUGCCGUUUUUGGCGAAGCCUAGGGAGGAGAGUGGGAGCGGGGAGUAUGUUGAUAAGGAGGGGAAUGUGGUUUGAGCGUGCAGCUUUGGG